UCCUCAUGGGAGGAAGAAGCUUGAUGCAGAAGAAGGGCAGACACAGCACGCUGAAGCUCUGCCACCAUGGGGAAUUGGGCUGUGAAUGAGGGGCUCUCCAUCUUUGUCAUUCUGAUGUGGCUGGGGAUGAAUGUCUUCCUCUUUAUCCAUUAUUACAAAGUUUAUGAUGAUGGACCAAUGUACUUUUACACUAGAAAACUUCUUGGGAAAGCUCUGGCUUUGGCCAGGGCCCCUGCAGCCUGCCUAAAUUUCAACUGCAUGCUGAUCCUGUUGCCAGUGUGUCGAAAUCUGCUCUCCUUCCUCAGGGGUUCCAGUGCGUGCUGCUCAACAAGAAUUCGAAGACAACUGGAUAGAAACCUCACUUUUCAUAAAAUGGUGGCAUGGAUGAUAGCACUUCACACUGCAAUUCAUACUAUCGCACAUCUAUUCAAUGUGGAGUGGUGUGUGGAUGCUCGAGUCAACAAUUCUGACCCUUAUUCAAUAGCACUCUCUGAUAUUGGAGACAAAGAGGGUGAAACUUAUCUCAAUUUUGCUCGAGAAAGAAUCAAGAACCCUGAAGGGGGCCUGUACGUGGCUGUAACUCGGUUAGCAGGAAUCACUGGUAUUGUUAUCACACUUUGCCUAAUAUUAAUUAUCACCUCCUCUACAAAAACCAUCCGGAGGUCUUACUUUGAAGUGUUUUGGUACACACACCAUCUCUUCGUGAUCUUCUUCAUCGGUCUUGCCAUCCACGGAGCUGAACGAAUUGUACGCAAGCAGACUCCAGAGAGUUUGCAAAAGCACGAUUUAACAGUAUGUAAUCAAAGUAUAUCACAGUGGGGAAAAAUAGAGAAAUGCCCAAUCCCAGAGUUUUCUGGGAACCCUCCUAUGACUUGGAAAUGGAUAGUAGGUCCCAUGUUCCUGUAUCUCUGUGAGAGGUUGGUCCGGUUUUGGCGCUCUCAACAGAAGGUGGUCAUCACGAAGGUGGUCACCCACCCUUUCAAAACCAUUGAGCUACAAAUGAAGAAGAAAGGAUUCAAGAUGGAAGUGGGACAGUACAUUUUUGUCAAGUGUCCCGAGGUAUCCAAGCUGGAGUGGCACCCUUUCACACUGACCUCCGCCCCUGAGGAAGAUUUCUUUAGCAUCCAUAUCCGCAUUGUUGGAGACUGGACAGAGGGGCUGUUCAAUGCUUGUGGCUGUGAUAAGCAGGAGUUUCAAGAUGCCUGGAAACUACCCAAGAUAGCUGUUGAUGGGCCCUUUGGCACAGCCAGUGAAGAUGUGUUCAGCUAUGAGGUGGUGAUGUUGGUGGGAGCAGGGAUUGGGGUCACACCGUUUGCGUCCAUUCUCAAGUCGGUCUGGUAUAAAUACUGCAAUAAUGCCACCAAUUUGAAGCUCAAAAAGAUCUACUUCUACUGGCUGUGCCGGGACACACAUGCAUUUGAAUGGUUUGCAGACCUGCUACAGCUGUUGGAGACCCAGAUGCAGGAGAGGAACAAUGCUGAUUUCCUCAGCUACAACAUCUACCUUACUGGCUGGGAUGAGUCUCAGGCCAAUCACUUUGCUGUUCACCAUGAUGAGGAGAAAGAUGUGAUCACAGGCCUGAAACAAAAGACUUUGUAUGGACGGCCCAAUUGGGAUAAUGAGUUCAAGACAAUUGCGAGUCAACACCCUAAUACCAGAAUAGGAGUUUUCCUCUGUGGACCUGAAGCCUUGGCUGAAACCCUCAAUAAGCAGAGCAUUUCCAACUCCGACUCUGGCCCUCGGGGAGUGCAUUUCAUUUUCAACAAGGAAAACUUCUAGCUCAUUUCUCUCACGAGGAAAAAUUGGAUUUUGCUACCAAGUGACCAAAUAUGGAUGAUUGAUAAUGUAAAUUCCCUCCUUCAAAAAAAAGAAAGAAAAAAAGAGGAAAAGAAACUGUAAUGUAAUGUUUCCCUUGGAAGAUUGCAAAUGAUGUGUUAUGUUCAUAUGCGGUUUUAUGUUUUGCAGGACACUUCUGCAAACAUUAUUUCAUUUUUCAUCUCUGUAGUGCCAGUGAAAGGUAGGGCAAGGACUUCUGGACUCAUUUUUUCGGACAGAUCAAUGGUGGCUCUAAAAGCUUUUUGGCUCAAAAAGUGGCUUUCUUAGGACUUUGAAGCUGAGACCAGAUCUUGACCAACUGACCCCAGGUGGUUUAGUUUUUCUUCCCACAUCUCUGUUUUGAAAAUCAGCUUUUAUAUUCCCCCCAAAGAAGAUAUAAACCAAAGAGUAGCUGCUCAUUUUCCAUUUUGUGUCAGCUUGGUUAUUAUUAUUACAUUGAGGGACAGGAACUAAUAUUGGCUGAGAGUGAUUUAACACCUACUAGUGUCAUCAAUGACACCUCAGCACAUCCCAUCCUACCAACACUGCAGCGUAACGGGAUUAAAGAUUCUUCCUACCAGUGAAUAUUACACUGAUUGGAGUUUAUUCAGUAUUCAGCAUUUACGGUGGCACUUGGCACUCAGGGACAAUUUGUUGAAUGAAUGAAUGAAAAAAUUCAGAACCAAACAAUGUCAGAGCAGAGCUAUUUUAAAACAUUAUACAGAAUUAUCUGAGGAAAUGACUUCUGUUACUCUUACCAAAGAAUCCUUACUCUCCUGAGGGUAGAGAACCAACCUAUAUGAUAGCUAGCAAAGGUCCUCAUGUAUUUGAAGCAUGUGGGAAUGAGGGAUGAAGGCAGGAAACUAGUCUCCUGUCAUAAAUUUGGAUGACUCUGCUCCUGCUCCCUAUUUUAUGAAAGAAAGCACACUAGUUUAUUGCCAGAAAUAAUCUCCUCCAGUCAGGCCUUGCAAAUUUAGAACUUUGGAAUUAUGAAAAAAUA